AUGCCUGUCUUUCACACUAAAACUAUUGAAAGCAUCUUGGAACCAGUAGCUCAACAGCUUCAUCUUGUGCUUCAAAUUGCUGAGCAAAAUGCAGGUUCGCAAAAUACCAAGGCAAAUACUAUAUCACAUUCUAAUGGUUUUAUAAAUGACUUUGUACAACCAAAAUUAUCUAAAUUACAAAUAGAUGAUGUAGAUAAUAUCUCACCAUAUAAUAUUAAUUCACCAAAAGCACAUUCAGAAAAUAAACUUGAUAUUUGUCAAAAUCAAAAUGAGCAAAGAUAUGAUUCUUCUUAUUUUGUAGAUGAAACAGCAACUGAUUACAUCACUGGAGAUAAUAAUUUUUUAACACGAACAUCUUCUAGAAGAUCAUUACCAGAAUACAUUUUUCCUAAUACUGCUUUAACUAGAGUUAAUCAUGAUAAUUGUCCUGUCUGUCAAAUAUUAGCACCAAAAAAUGGUCCUUUUGGAAAAUGUGUAUCCCGUUUAGUUAUUCUCCAUGAAGAAGCUGAGGAUGGAAAUGCUAUGCCGGACCUGACAAGACCAGUAGGAGCUGUCUCACGUGCUGUUGAUAAUCUCAUCAAAGUUGGUUAUGAUACUUGCCAUUCAUCUGAUGAUAGGAUACUUCAACAAGAUAUGCCACCAGCCCUUCAAAGAGUUGAAGUUUCAUCACGUCUUUUAGAAGAAGCUUGUUAUAAUUUAAAAUCUGAUCCAUAUUCUGGCCCAGCACGCAAAAAAUUAAUUGAUGGAGCUCGUGGUAUUCUUCAAGGUACCUCAGCACUUUUAUUAUGUUUUGAUGAAUCUGAAGUGAGAAAGAUUAUUCGUGGUUGUCGAAAAGUUCUUGAUUAUUUAGCUGUUGCUGAAGUCAUUGAAUCUAUGGAUGAUUUGGCUCAAUUUGUUAAGGAUAUUACACCAUGGUUAACAAGAAUGUCUAAGGAUGUUGAUUUAAGAGAAAAAGAACUCACUCAUAUUGUUCAUAGAGAAAUUCUUGUUAGAUGUAUGGAUGCCAUAAAAACAUUGUCACCAAUUUUAAUUUGUGCUAUGAAAAUUUUUAUCCAAAUUAAUGAUGAAGGACAAAGAGGUUUACCUGAAGCUGCUGAAAAUAGAAAUUACCUUGCUCAAAGAAUGACUGAAGAGGUUAAUGAAAUUAUUAGAGUACUUCAAUUGACAACUUAUGAUGAAGAUGAAUGGGAUUCUGAUAAUGUUACUGCUAUGCGUAAAGCUCUUUCUGCUGCUCAGUCAUUAUUAACAGCAGCAUUAGAUUGGUUAGGUGAUCCACGAGCUAGACCAGGAGCUGUUGGUGAAAAAGCUAUCAGAAGAAUUUGUGAUUAUGCUGAGAAGAUUGCAGCAAGAUCUUUACCUGAGGAUGCUUACAAUAUUAGACAUGCUGUUGGUAAUAUUACCUCACUUACUGAUACAAUUUGUGAGUUAAGAAAUCAAGGAAGACACGAUCAUCAAGGUUUAGCUCAAUCUUGUGCUCAAAAGAUCAAAGAAUUGGUUGGAACUAAAGAAACACCUGGUGUUCUUCCAAAUGCUCUUCAACAUGCUCUUAAAUCUGGAGGAGCCAAUCCAGCUCAUACUCUUGGUGGACGUCUUGAACAAGCUCUUAGAUGGCUUGAAAAUCCAGGAAUCAAUGAUAAUGGACUUGGAUAUCAAGCAAUUCGGUCAAUGUUAGAUGAAGCCAGACGCCUUGCUGAUUAUCUCAAUCCAGCUGAUAAAAAUCGUAUGUUAAACAUGAUUUCUGAUAUAGGAAGACUUGCCGAUCAACUUGCUGAUUUGGAACGUCGUGGUCUUGGAAAUAGUCCUGAAGCCCAUGCUCUUCGUCAACAACUCAAAAAUAAACUUGGUGAAUUUGCUGACUUUAUGAAGAAAGUGUUAACUGAUAAGGUUGUUGAAGACUUUGCUGAUAUCACAACACCAUUAAAACAAUUCUCAGAUGCUGUUCAUGCUCCAUUUGGAAUGCCAAAUAGAGAUAGAAACUUUGAUGAGAAAGCUUCUAAUUUACAUGAACAUACUUCAAGAUGUACUAAUACAGCUUUGUUACUUGCCAAAUGUGGUCCAUGUAAAAAUAAGAAAACAGUUGAAUCAUUAAUUGAAGUAUCAAAUCAAAUUAAUAAUAUGACUCCACAAGUUAUUAAUGCAGGAAAAAUUAGACUUCAUAAUGAUACUGAUUCAGCAGAAAGCCACUUUGAAAAUCUAAGAAGAGAAUACUCUGAUGCUUUGACACGCCUUCGUGGACAUGUUGAUGAUGCAAUUGAUACUGCUGAAUUUGUUCGUGCAUCUGAAAAUGCAAUGCAUAGAUAUACAACACAUUGUGAAGAAGCCAUUCAAAGAGACGAACCACAAUCUAUGGUUGAUAAUACGUCGCAAAUUGCCAGACUUGGUAAUCGUGUAUUGAUGGCUGCAAAGAAUGAGGCUGAUAAUUCAGAAGAACCACAUUUUGUAUCUCGUGUCAAUAGUGCUGCUCAACAAUUACAUUCAGCCAUUCCACCAAUGGUUAAUAAUGCUAAACAAGUUGCAAUGGCACCAAGAAAUCAACAAACAGCUAGUGAUUGGCGUAAUUCUAAUGAUUAUCUUUUGGAUUCUGUACGUGCUGUUGGUGAUGCUAUUGCUGGUGUACCAUAUUCUCAAAAUUAUUCUAGCCAUAAUAUUCGUUCACAAGCUGCUACACCAAAUCAUCACUCAAGUCGUCAUUCAUUACUUGAAUCAAUUCAACCAAAAGCUCCAUCUCCACCUGUUGUUCAUAAUAGAGUUAUUGUAAGAGAAGAAAUUCCAGCACCACCAAGACCACCACCACCAGUUGAAAUAUCUCCACCACCAAGGCCUCCACCACCACCAGAGAUUGAUGAUGAAGAAGAAACUCGUGCAUUUUGGGAAAGAUAUCCAUUACCACAACCAAAUGCUCAACCAAUUUUAAGUGCUGCUCAUAAUCUUCAUAAUGAAUUAAAACAAUGGAGUUCUCAUGAAAAUGAUAUUGUUGCUGCUGCCAAACGUAUGGCUAUAUUAAUGGCUCGUCUUUCACAACUUGUUCGUGGUGAAGGUGGUACCAAAAAAGAUCUUAUUGAUUGUGCUAAAGCUAUUGCUGAUAGUAGUGAAGAAGUUACUAGAUUAGCUGUUGCUUUGGCAAGACAAUGUACAGAUAUCAAAAUGAGAAUGACAUUACUUCAAGUAUGUGAACGUAUUCCAACUAUUGCUACGCAACUCAAGAUUCUUUCAACUGUCAAGGCUACAAUGCUUGGAUCUCAAGUAAUCAUUGGUCCCUAUGGACAACCAGUAGACGGAAGUGAAGAAGAUGAAGAAGCUAUGCAACAGCUGGUACUUAACGCCCAAAAUCUUAUGCAAUCAGUUAAAGAUACAGUUAGAGCAGCCGAAGCUGCUUCAAUUAAAAUUCGUACAAAUAGUGGCGUUAGACUUCGUUGGAUCAAAAAACCUAUGUGGUCUAACUUUUAA